AUGUUUUGGGGGUCUCCUGUGUGGAAUUUCAGAUUUCAGCUAGGCCGAGAUGCAAAUGGCGUUAAAUUCCUUUCUCACAAUUUUUUUUAUCCAGGCAUGUCCACCGUGCCCGAGCAGGAUGAGUCGACACAGAAGAUCAUACUGCCGGAACCGUACAGCCACAGCAGCUCGAGCACCCCUGCGAUUUCAAGGCAACGGUCACUCGAUCCUUCGACUGCGAAGCGCACGGCGGAAUCUUCUCUCACCGAGCCCAGCGCCACCACUACCAGCAACGGCACAUGCUUCGGUUUGCUUGAUAAUGAGGAGGAGGAACGGUUGCUCGGCGACUCUGCGAAGCCUUUGCCAUUCAUCGGUGACCCAUCUCGAGCAAAAGCUGGUCGAAGUCCAAUUGUAGCACGACAUGCAUCUACAGCACCAAGUUUACGGUCGAUUUCGUUGCCGAAAGGUUCAUCUCCUCAAAGCUCUUCCGAAUUGCCGCAUUCAGCAUCCGUGGCCACAGUACAUCCACCUCACUCAGGGUCAUCACCAGCAAGGAUUCCACUGACACAAAGCGAAUUGCGGAAGCCAAAGAAAGUGGUUUCGCAGUACUACAAAAGGCAAAAUGAGCUCCUGGAGAAUUUCAAGAAUGACAGUGAACAAAUUCAGGUAUUUCAAAAGGUGCGAACGCGGCAACGUUUGAUCUCGUCUACAAGCACAGAAGGCGACAUAACACAAAAGGACGAUAGCGAUGUUUUAAAUCGAAGCCUGUCCCGUAAAGAUUCAAAGAUCAGCAACAACAAUCUCUCGUCUUCCUGGGAUACGACUGCGCCUUUGCUCAAAAACACGGAUGGUGAGCAGGACCUUGAAAUUGGUAACGCUCCAAGUAAUCGACCUCUAGUAGAUCCAGCAGAUGAUCGGAAGGCAUCUAUUGCGUCUGAUAUCUCAAUAUUAGCGAAACACGAAGCAGCUAUGGACGCUGCACGUGCAACAUCUAAAGCUGCAUCGCGACUGGCUCACGCAACAUUGAUUGUGAAUAUAACCUUGAUGCUUGCAAAGGGCCUUGCGUCGUACUUGUCCGGAUCGUUGUCCAUUUUGUCGUCGUUAGUUGACUCCUGCGUUGACAUCACAUCAGGCCUUGUGAUUUCGAUUUCAACACGGAUGAUCAAGAAAAGGGAUCCAUACCUCUAUCCAAGAGGACGCACGAGACUUGAACCACUGUCACUGAUUAUUAUAAGUGUUGUGAUGGGCGUCGCUAGUGUUCAGCUGAUCUUUGGUGCGAUUAGUCGCAUAGCAGCUGCUUAUCAAUUCCACGUGCAUGGUGUUGGUGAGAAGCCUACGCUGGAUGUGUCGUUUGUCUCCGCAUCGAUUAUGGUUAGCACGGUGAUUGUGAAAUUUUCACUCUUUUGCAUAUGUCAGAAGUAUAAAUCGGAUCCCUCAAUAGCCGUUCUCGCCAUGGAUCAUAGAAAUGAUUGCUUGUCGAAUACGGUGGCUCUUGCUUGUGCCUGGCUUGGUACUGUAUAUUGGUAUUACCUCGAUCCGAUUGGUGCGAUUUUGGUGUCCCUAUAUAUUCUCUACACGUGGGUGAGCACUGGUUGGGAUCAUUUGUCAAAAUUGAGCGGGAAGUCGGCUAAGCCAGAGUUUAUCAAUCGCAUCAUAAAGGUCGUAUAG